AUGACAUCCCAAGACUCUAAAACAGAAGAGAUCCAGAAGUUCCUUAAACCCCUCGCAUGGCCAGAACCUCCCAAUGCUACCAGUUUCAUGUCAUCUACCAGCCCAAAGACCACCGUGUGCUCACUGCUGGACCCAGGUAUUACAUACCACGUGGGGGAGUAUGUAAAGGUUUUUAUUAGGGCUCGAGACCACUAUGGCCAACCCAAAACCUACGGAGGGGAUUUUUUCCAGGCCAAGCUUCACGCUCUGAAUCUGAAGGCUGGAGUAACUGGCUCCAUCACUGACCACAGAAAUGGCACCUACACCGCCACCUUUCUCCUUCCGUGGGCCGGGGUCUCUGAGAUUUAUAUCUUGCUCGUCCAUUCCAGUGAGGCCAUCGCCAUCCUGAAGAGGAAGAGAGAAACUCGUCCUGAUAAGGUGUUUUAUUACGGGUAUUUCUACCAUAACGGGAGAUGGGCCACGGUGGAGUGUAAUUUUCAUCCUCCUGGACGGGACGUUUGUACUUACCGUGAUUCACAAACCGGGGAGGAAUGGUUCUGUGUGCGUCCAGAAGGUUUUCCCUGCAGCACGUACCUGGAGCAUUCUAAUGGUGGCCAUCGCGAAAUACUUACCUCUGCUGAGGGAAAGUUUCUAGAAAGCUCUGUCACCAAUCAGGUGAUUUCAUCAGCCCUCCCAGAUUUUACUGUCCUGCCCCAGAAGAACGGCACUGAUGACAGAGAUAUCUGUAGACGCAGCAUACCAAAUCCAGACCCAUCGGGGUAUUAUUACCAGGACAAGUGGCAUUCCCGUGUCUGCAGGAACCAGAAUUUCCCCACACCCGCCAACGUCACCUCCUGUCUGAAGGGGAAAGUCGUGUACAUGUUUGGGGACUCAACACUACGGCAAUUGUGGGAAUACCUGGUGGAAUUUGUUCCUUCACUUCAGAGGGUGAACCUCCAUGUUAGCUAUGCCCCCGGCCCCCUGUUGGCCACGGAUGCAGAACACAGCUACCUCGUGGAGUGGCGGGCACACCAGAGGCCACUUAGCAUGAAGCGCACCCGCGUGCAGGAACUGAAGUACAUUGCCAACGAGCUGGAUAACAUGGGAGGAGGAGACGAUGGACUGGUGAUCGUUAUAAACUGCUUGGCUCAUUUUAUCUUCUUCCCAGUCAAUGUUUAUUUGAGAAGGAUGAUAACCAUCCGUGAUGCCGUGGCCAGACUACUGGAGCGCAGUCCACAGACCUUGGUCAUAAUUAAGUCCGGGAACACGGGGUUCCUGUCUACCCAUGGCAGUGACUGGCUAUCCUGGCAGCUGGACACAUUGAUGAGGGAAGUGUUUUCAGGACUUCCAGUUACCAUACUGGAUGCCUGGCAGAUGACCUCCUGCCACUACAUGACAAAAUCCAUCCACCCCGGCAAGAUCAUCGUGCAGAACAUGGUGGACUUAAUGCUUUCCUUUAUCUGUCCCACAUAA